AUGGCGGCCACGGCGGAUCCGAGGGCGAAGCCGUCGGCCACGCAGCCGCGCCACCUCAAGCCGUGGGCGCCGCCUCGUGGCCACCACGUGCCUUCCCUGCCGGCCGUCUCCGGAACCGCGGGCGCAAGCCGCGAUCGGCGCCGCUCCUCGACGUCCCACCGACGCGGUGGGGCCAACGACGAGCCUUACGAGGGCGGGCUGGAGGAUCUCCGGGCUAAGCUCAUGGGCCACCUCCACGACGCGGCCGACCGCCUUCGCCUGCCCCCUGCCAAGACCCAGCGACCGCCGGAGCCCGAGGCUCCUCCACCGCUACCACCACCAACGGACGCCGCCGCGGCCAUGCCGUGGACCCUCAGGGAGCGGAGGCGUCGUCCAACAGCCCGCGGCAACACGGCUUCGUCGCCCACCACGCCGUGGUCGGCGGCUACGUCUCCGGACGACUACGUGCGCGCUCCGUUCGCCGUGGCGCUGGAGGCGGAGGAGAUCGAGGAGGACGUCUACGCCCUCACCGGCGCCCGGCCACGGCGGCGGCCUCGGAAGCGGCCGCGCACCGUGCAGCGACAGCUCGAUUCGCUGUUCCCGGGGAUGUGGCUCACCGAGAUCACCGCCGACGCCUACCGGGUCCCCGACGACUAG